AUGCCCGGUGCUGUCUUGCCCGAGGUGGCUACUCAGAUUCCCGGCCCGAUCUCGAAGGCCAGCGCAAAAAAGCUCGAUGAGGUCUUUGACGCUCGAGCUGUUCAUUUUGUCGUUGAUUAUGAUAAAAGCGAGGGCAACUACAUUGUCGAUGUCGAUGGCAAUCGAUAUCUGGACGUAUACUCGCAGAUAGCCUCGGUUCCUGUAGGCUACAACAAUCCGGCCAUGCUGGCGGCUGCUCAAUCUCCAGACGUCAUCUCAGCGUUGGUUAAUCGGCCUGCCAUUGGCAAUUUCCCAUCACGUUGGUGGAACGAUAUCCUACGCGAAGGGUUGCUUCGUGUAGCGCCUGCGGGCACCGAUAAGAUUUUCACUGCUCAGUCUGGUUCUGAGGCCAAUGAGCUCGCUUUCAAAGCCGCGAUGAUGCUAUGGAGGCGCCGUGAGCGAGGAGAGGGAGUUGCGUGGACACAAGAGGAGAUUGAGUCGUGUCUUGAUAAUGCCAAGCCUGGGUCGCCCGAUCUUGCCGUUCUUGCAUUCAAGAACUCCUUCCAUGGCCGCGGGUUUGGCAGUCUGUCCUGCACGCGUUCCAAGGCUGUGCAUAAGCUUGACAUCCCAGCCUUCAAUUGGCCCAAGGCAGACUUUCCCGUUCUCCAGUACCCUCUUGACAAACACGAGAAGGAAAACGCCGCUGAGGAGAAGCGUUGCCUCGAGCAGGUUGAGAUGCUUAUCACAAGCUGGCAUUGUCCCGUAACGGCACUGAUCAUCGAGCCUAUCCAGUCUGAGGGUGGUGACAACCAUGCUUCCCCUGCCUUUUUCCAAGGCCUGCGGGACAUUACUGCAAAACACAAUGUCGUGUUUAUUGUCGAUGAAGUCCAGACAGGCUUUGGUGCUACGGGCAAGUUCUGGGCUCAUGAGCACUGGCACCUGAGCAGCCCACCGGACAUGAUUACCUUCUCCAAGCGUGCGCAGUGCGCAGGGUACUUCUUUGGCAACGAGAAGCUGGUUCCAGACACUGCGUAUCGUCAGUUCAACACCUGGAUUGGUGACCCUGCUCGGGUUGUUAUGUCGAAGGCUAUUAUCCAUGAAAUCCUCGACAAGAACCUCGUCGAAAAAUCUGCGCGUGUUGGUGAGAAGCUCUGGGCAGAACUCGAGUUAUUAGCUUUAGAUUAUCCGGAAUUGGUCCAGAACCUACGAGGCAAGGGCAAGGGUGCCUUCCUGGCCUUUGAUACACGCGAGCCUGCUGCUCUGGUCGGCAAGAUGAGAUCGCUCGGCAUUAACAUUGGUACCUGUGGUACGCGGACUGUUCGUCUUCGUCCUAUGCUCAUUUUCGGCGACGAGCACAUUCCGAUCCUCAUGGAUGCUUUCAGAAAAGUGUUUGGCGCGGCUUGA